AUGGGUUACCCCGAUACAUUCGAAGGCUUCUGUGUUGACAGCCCAAAGUCAUGGAACAAGUUUGAGAAGCAUACCCUUACGCCCAAGACCUGGGGCGAUCGCGAUAUCGAUGUCGAGAUCGAGGCCUGUGGUGUCUGCGGCUCUGAUGUCCACACCGUUACUGGCGGUUGGGGAGACUUCGAGGGUCCUCUCUGCGUUGGUCACGAAGUCGUCGGCAAGGCUGUCCGAGUUGGUGACAAGGUCGGCGAGAUCAAGGUCGGCGACCGUGUUGGUGUUGGUGCCCAGGUCUCUUCUUGCUUGAAGUGCAAGCUCUGCAACAACAAGAAUGAAAACUACUGUCCUGAUAUGGUCGACACUUACAACUGCAAAUACCCUGAUGGCAGUGUCGCUCAUGGUGGUUUCGCUUCUCACAUCCGUGCUCACGAGUACUUUACCUUUAAGAUCCCCGAUGCCCUCAAGAGUGAGCAGGUUGCUCCUCUUCUCUGUGCCGGUAUUACCACAUACUCUCCUCUUGUGAGAGCCGGUGUCGGCCCUGGAAAGGUCGUUGCUGUUCUGGGUAUCGGAGGUCUUGGUCACAUGGGUAUCCAAUGGGCGAAGGCUCUGGGUGCUGAGGUCUACGCUAUGACACACUCUCCCAACAAGGUCGAAGACGCGAAGAAGCUCGGUGCUAAGGAGGUUAUCGUCACCAGCGAGGAGGGUUGGGCCGACAAGUACAAGUUCACCUUUGACUUUAUCCUCAACUGUGCCGACAUGACACACAAGUUCGACAUGAACGCCUACAUGGGUACUCUCAACGUUGGUGGCGAGUUCCAUAACUGUGGUAUCCCUGAUGAGCCACUUCCUCAGCUCACUGCUGGCACUUUUGCCGGUAACGCUGGUAAGAUUACUGGCAGCCAUCUCGGCAACAACCAGGAGAUGAAUGCCAUGCUUAAGCUCGCUGCUGAGAAGAACAUUGUCGCUUGGGUUGAGACUAUUGAUAUAUCUGAGAAGGGAUGUGCUGAGGCCGUCGAGCGUGUUAAGGAGAACAAGGUCCACUACCGAUUCACCUUGACCGGAUUCGAGAAGGUUUUCAAGAAGGAUUAA